AUGAAUCCCAAUAUGCCCUAUGGACCACCCCAUCGGCAACGACAGCAUGAUAUACCACCUUAUGGUCGGCCUCACAUGGGUCCGCACCCCGGCUAUCCUCCUUACUACCCUCCCAUGGGACCCAUGAUGCCGCCAUAUUCACACUACCCACCACCACCACAGCAAUGGUACCCUCCACAGUACCCAUACGUACCGCCGUAUCAUCCGCCUCGCCAACCAUACUACCCGUCCUCGAUGCUGCCACCUCCUCCUGUACAACAGCCGCAUCAAGGUCCCUUGGUGGUUUCCUCACAUCCGUCAAUGCCACAGACCGCACGUACCUAUUCUCAGCCGCAGCCAAACUCUCCUGCCUCACUGAGGAGGCCGAGCAUGGCUUCGUCUGUGUCUCAGGUUCAGGCAGAGACCCCGCCCUCGAGGGCUAUGAGCCAAGUUAGCGCAGUGCAGGAAAGGAGAGACGAGUCGCUCGCAAGCCCUGCAGUCAGUGCUGCUAUUCAAGAUCACACUGUGCCUACGAAUACCAUCUCCAAUACGGAGCCUUUCACUCCGCCUUUACCUUGGCUAUCAGUACCCGGCGUAGAUUUUCCGUCUCGAGCAAUGCCCGGGACACGCAAAUUGCUUCGGUCUCAAUUACUGCAACCGCUCUAUUUCCCUCCUGAAACUGCACCACUGGAUCAGCCUCCAGUACCAGAAUCGAAGCAAGUGCAAGAACGUGAUAUCCACGUAUCAGUUCGAGCUCAGCUCCAGGACACGGCCACGACCCAUGCAGAAGCUGGCUCUACCCAACCAUCUGACACACAAUCAGAUCAGCCAUCGACUCAACCUACGACGCCUUCUUCAGCUGUGCCAUCAAUCAACAAGUUAAAGCAGACGCCGACUCAGCAAAAGGCAGCCCGAGGUUCCGUUCCAGUCGUGCCAGUUAUACCUGCUAUACCAGCCAGCCCCACAACUGCAAGGAAAAUACACCGUGACUCGGUCACGUCUGCUAGGUCGAGAACUGACUCGGAGGUCGCGGCGUCUACACCAGUGGCUGAGGUACAAACAGAACCAAACGUUGAAGCAGCACCAGCUCCCCCACCAGUUCCAAAGUCCUGGGCAGAUCUGGUUCGAAAACAGUCUGCAGGCAAUGCAGCUACUUCAGCUAGUGGUGCUGUUCUACCUGUCAUUAACGGGUUGGCACCUCCGAGGAACGAAAGUCUCGGUGAAGUCCUUGGCGAAAUUAAUGUCGCAGACGUACCUUCCAAAGUUGCCUUUCUACGACCCAGAGGUCUAGUCAACACUGGAAAUAUGUGUUAUAUGAAUUCAGUUCUUCAGCUUCUUGUCUUUUGCACACCUUUUUACGAUUUCUUGGAUAGGGUCGCCUCGAAGGCUGCUCAUGCCUUUAAAAGCACAACCCCCCUAGUUGACGCCAUGAUCAUGUUUAUGCGAGAAUACCCUGCGAUCGAUACAGCUGCUACUGUGGAGCAGCUGCGUCUUCGCCUUAAGCCCGAGGACUUUGAGAAGUAUGGAGACUCGCUUCGCCCGGACUUUGUAUAUGAAAUCCUGAAUAAACUUCCCCGAUUCCGUGAUAUGAGAAGAGGCCACCAGCAAGAUGCUCAGGAAUUCCUUGGCUUUCUCCUAGAAGAACUCCAUGAGGAAUGUAUUUUGGCCAUGCAACGGACCAGCACCAAUGCUAGCUCCGGGCGCUCUACACCGGUCGGUAGUGUUUCCAACAUGUCAGAAACCCCUGAUGCACAGGAUGGUUGGCUUGAGGUUGGGCACAAACAAAGAUCUGCCAUCACGAGGUCGUCUGGCGCAACUAAUGCUGACUCGCCGAUCACAAAUAUUUUUGGUGGCAAGCUAAGAUCCGAGCUCAAAGUCGCUGGGAACAAACUCUCUGUGACUUUAGAGCCGUACCAACCACUUCAGUUGGACAUUGGCUCUCCACAAGUAUCAAAUAUUAUUGAUGCCCUUAAAGGCCUAACCAAGCCUGAGAGCAUGCAGGGCGAUUUUCACUCUGCCAGAGGUACCAAAACCACAGCCACAAAGCAAGUGUUCAUCGAGACACUUCCUCCAGUUCUGAUACUGCACCUGAAGCGGUUCCAGUAUGACUCUUCCACCAAUCGAGCUGAGAAGAUAUGGAAGAAGGUUGGCUACCCACUCGAACUCGAGAUUCCAAAAGAGGUAUUUCCACCCACUGCGAGAAACAAAUAUGCUGCCCACGGUGGACUACCCAAAUACAGGCUCACUGGCGUCAUCUACCACCACGGCAAGAACGCCAACGGUGGACAUUACACCGUCGAUAUCCGUCGCCAGGACGGUCAAGAAUGGAUUCGCAUGGACGACACAGUCAUAAGAAGGAUCAGAAACGAAGACGUAGCGAAUGGAGGAUCUGAAGAAGAUCCAAAGGUCCUUGCGGCUGCAUUGGAGCAGCACAAGAAGCAGGCAAUGUCAAGCAACAAUCGCUUCGAGAACAUUGAGGCAGAUCAGGAAGAGGACGAUGUAGGGCCUGCUUGGAGUCAGGUAGCCAAUGGACAUGGCAGAUCGAAGUCCACAGCAAAUGCAAUAAUUAACGGCAAUGCCACACCAGCCAAGGAUGUCUCAGGGCCACAAACGCCGAGGUACCGAGAAUCUGUCAAGGACAACAAGGUGGCGUAUCUCCUGUUCUACCAAAGGAUCAAUAUCUGA